ACAAAUUAUUCAUCUUCCUAUCCACCGUAUCAACCACCAUCAUCUCCGACGCAACAGCAAACAUCACGAAGGCAGCCGCCACCAGCAUCUUCCCAUCAAAGUCAACCACCGUAUUAUUCACAGCAAAACCCUCCAUUUCUACCACAAAUCUCUUCUCCAAGCUCACAUCCACAUCAGUCACCUUCUCAACAAUCAUCACCAUCUUCGUUAAUCCAACCUCAUAGUGCAAUAUCUUCAAUGCGUCCAUUCCAAAGAAGCCACACUUCACAAAAUGUCAUAUCCGAACCUUUUGUCACUGUCACCCCGGAGUUGAACAACAGACCGCCUCGAAGACGCAGAAGACCUCCAUUUUCCUAUUCUUCAUUAAUCGCUCAAGCCAUUCUGGAUUCUCCCGACAAACGUUUAACCUUGCGAGAAGUCUAUCAAUGGAUAAUGGAGCGUUAUCCACAAUUGUACAAGGCAGAUGAUACUGGUUGGCAGAACACCAUUCGCCAUAACCUUUCGUUAAAUAAGUGCUUUAAAAAGGUUCCCCGGUCAGAUACCGAGUUGGGUCAUUCAACAUCAUCGUCUACAGCUAGCAAAGGAAAAGGUGGUUAUUGGACCAUCGACCCAGAAUAUAUGUCAGCUUAUCAUGAUGGGGUAUUCGCCAGGGGUGGUGUGCAAAAACGAAGGCCUGGUGAAGUGGGUCUACAUCCAGGAAUGAAUAAUGUAGGAAUGGGUGAUGAUGAUAGUGGUGGAAGCGAUACUUCCCCUCCUGAUAAUAUGGCUGGAAGAUUGGUCGAUGUGGAUGAGGAUGGGGAAUCUGUUG